AUUAAAUUAUAAUGAGAUUGGCAAGAUUCGGAAUACCAACUAUUUUAAAACGAUUACCUUUUACUCAAUUAUAGAAAUCUCGUCCAUAAAUACUAAAAUCAGUUGCAAUAGGAGCGUUAUUCACAGGUCUUACAUGGAAAUAAGCUUUGAAAUUAGAUGAAUUCUAAAGCACUGUUGUUUCAGAUGUUAAUGAAUUCUGUUGUGUAUUGGUUUUAGAAUUGAGUGAAGGAGAUACCAAUUUAUAACAUGAAGCAUUAAAUGCACUAAAAGAAAUCCCAAAACUUGUUUAAAAGAAGACUAAUGAGGAUGGUAUAAAUUAAUAAUAUAAUUUAGAUGAACUGGAUCCAGUAACAGUAGGAGUUGGAUUCUAAACAAAGUUUUGGGAAAAAUUAACUAGAACACCAUAGAAUGAUUAUGAAGCUCGUGCUGGUGCAUAUGGAUCUAUGCCAUAUGGUAAAGGAAAUGUAAUAGUACAUGUAAAAGCAUAAAAUAGAUCAUUGGCAUUUGAAACUAUUUAAGUAUUUGAAUUAUGUUUCUAUAUUUUAGAAAGUAGUAAAAAGUUUACCAAAAGGAUCAUAUCGGGUGGUAUCAGAAAGAUAUGGAUAUAAAUAUUUGGACGGAAGAGAUAUGAGUGGAUUUUUAGAUGGGACUAUGAAUCCAAAUCUUAAAUAACAAAGAUAAAAAGUAGCUGUAAAUGAAAGAGGAGGCAGCUAUAUGAUCCAUUAAAUAUGGCAUCAUAAAUUAGAUUGGUUAGAUAAAGUUACAGAAGAUGAAUAAGAAAAAAUGGUUGGAAGAAAGAAAUCAAAUUCAUUUGAAUUAAGACCAUUACCAAUUGAUAGUCAUGUUAGUAGAACUAGAAGUGAAGAUAAUAAGAGGUUAUUAAUUGUUAGAUAAUCUCAACCUUUUGGAACAGUUACUGGUGAUCAUGGUUUACUCUUCAUUGCUUAUGCCAAAGAUUUAAACAACUUUAAUACAAUGUUAGAUAGAAUGACCGGAAAAGGAGAUGGAAUUAAUGAUCAAAUAAUGAAGAUGUCUAUGUAAUUAUUCUUAUUUAUUAAUAUAGUAAUUCUUAUGGCAAUUAUUUCUAUUUACCAAGUGUACAAGAACUACAGAAAUUAUGAGAUAAUUUAUAUAUUUAACACAAUAUGAUUAUCCAGUUAUAUAG